UUGUAAGGUAUUCUGCUUCAGUGAACCCAUAAGAAUAUAACGCUGCUGCUUUAACUAUUUUUGUGUUUUACUUCCUGUUUGUCUGUCCUUUCCUUUUGUCCUUAUUUUUGGUUCUUGCUUCUUGCCAUUCUUUUCUUUUACUUUUUGUUUUCCUGUAGGCUGUAUGUGGUGUUUGGUGUCUGUAUCAAUGCACUGCCACUGACCAUUGCUGUAUGUGACCUCGUCUGUAAACUGCUGCUCCAAAGACUGGAACUGGGUUUGUUGCAACUGUUCUUUCACGAGGCCAUUUUGUUUCUCAUUCCUGAGAAAUUCUGGAGGACAUAGAAAGUUAUCAAAUAGGAAGUAGUCAAAACAGCGAAGCUGAUGUCUCUUCUUCUGGCUGUGGGAAAAGCCUGGUAGCUGUCAUUUGGUUCGGAGGUGCCAAGAUGUAAAUUUCUCUUUUGAUCCAAAUAACUGCUUUCCCAGCUGAAAACCUCACCCUGAGAAUUAUUUAGCAAUCCAAAUGAAUGGCACAUGAAUCUCUUCCUGACUGGGAAAAUAGAAAGUGCUGUUACCUCAUUAGGUGCUUGCAGUGGAGAGCUGGAACAGCACACAGAGAGACGAGGAGUCAUCUAUAGUCCUUCUUGGCCGUUGAACUAUCCUCCAGCUGUAAACUGCAGCUGGUACAUUCAAGGAGAUCGUGGAGACAUGAUAACCAUUAGUUUUAAGAACUUCGAUUUGGAAGACUCUCAGAAGUGUGCAGUAGACUGGUUGAUGAUUGGCCCCUCUUCCAAGAGGGAGGAGUACAAAGUGUGUGGAUCAUCCAUACCUCCAUCUUUCAUCUCUGCAAGGGACCAUGUUUGGAUAUUUUUUCACUCAGAUGCAUCAAGCUCAGGACAAGCUCAGGGAUUUCGCCUUUCUUAUAUUAGAGGAAAGAUAGGUCAGGCUGUAUGCCAGUCAGAUGAAUUCCACUGUGCAAAUGGAAAGUGUAUUCCCAGUACUUGGAAGUGUAAUUCCAUGGAUGAGUGUGGUGACAACUCGGAUGAGAGAAACUGCACUGUCCCUCCAACAGAGCCUCCGUCCAGCAUCUGUCCCUCAGGAAUGUUCCAGUGCAGUGCAGCCCACUCCACCAAGUGCUUGAUGAACGAGCUGAGAUGUAAUUCAGUUAAGGACUGCAGUGAUGGUUCGGAUGAAGAUAAUUGUCCUGAUCUUUCCUGUGGCAAAAGGCUGGGUAAUUUUUAUGGAUCUUUUGCUUCCCCAGACUUAUUCCGUGCUGAUCACAGCAGAUCAGACCUUCGCUGCACAUGGUACGUGGACACACAAGAUAAUCGACAUGUUCUGUUGCAGCUUGAUUUGCAGUUAGGCUACAACGACUAUGUAAAGGUGUAUGAUGGCAUUGGAGAGAGAGGUGAUAAAUUAAUGCAGACAUUUUCGUACCACAACAAUAGGCAUUCGGUGAGCGUGGAGUCGUCAAAGGGCCAGCUCACUGUCUCAUAUCAUGCUCGCUCCAAGAGCACUGGCCAUGGGUUCAAUGCGACCUAUCAGGUGAAAGGCUAUUGCCUUCCUUGGGAACACCCUUGUGGAAGCGAUGAGGAGUGUUUCACAGAUAAGCAGCAUUGUGAUGGCUGGUGGCACUGUCCAAAUGGCAAGGAUGAGGAGAACUGUCCUGCUUGCCAGAAGAAUGAAUACCCAUGUGAAGGAAACAGUGGGCUUUGUUACUCAAUACUUGAUCGCUGCAAUAACCAAAAGAACUGCCCAGAUGGCUCGGAUGAAAAAAACUGCUUUACUUGCCAGCCAGGAAACUUCCAUUGUGGUACAAAUCUGUGCAUCUUUGAGACUUGGCGCUGCGACGGCCAAGAAGACUGCCAGGAUGGAAGUGAUGAACACAACUGCCUGGUGAUUGUUCCCAGGAAGGUUAUCACAGCGGCUCUGAUUGGGAGUCUUGUGUGUGGCUUGCUGCUGGUGAUAGCGCUAGGUUGUGCAUUUAAAUUAUAUUCUCUGAGGACCAGGGAAUACAGAGCAUUUGAGACCCAGAUGACACGACUCGAGGCAGAGUUUGUGCGGCGGGAAGCUCCACCUUCCUAUGGGCAGCUGAUUGCACAAGGACUUAUCCCCCCAGUUGAAGAUUUCCCUGUGUACAAUGCAUCACAAGCUUCUGUGCUGCAGAACAUUCGAACAGCCAUGAGGAGACAGAUGAGACGACACUCGUCAAGACGUAGCUCAUCUCGGCGGCGCUUGGGCAGGCUCUGGAACAGACUCUUCCACAGACCUCGGGUGAGAGGACAGAUCCCGCUCCUGACGCCUGCCCGCACUUCACAGACUACACUGGGUGAUGGAAUCAUCAACCAUGCUGAUGGGACUAUUCGGAGUCCUCCACCUUCCCCUGAAGGACCUAGUUUAGAGGCAAAUGCCCGUGGCCAAGCCAGGGGCCUACAAGAAGCUGGAUGUAGCAGCUUGCAGCCAGAGACUGAAAUCACAGAGCCAUCGCCUUCAAAUGUCUUACCGAAUACUUGCACAGCAGCACAUGCAGAGCCUGAGGCUGGACGCACUGAUAAAUCUUUAGGUGCUGAGACCUCUGGCAGUGAGCUUAAGCAGUCCAGUAAAGUGGAUUCAGGAAAGGCUUUUAGAGAUCCUUUAUCUGAAAGUGUUACAGAAACGAUCCAUGGAGGGUCAGCAUCCAGGAGGACUGUCCCAGAGGACAGUAGUUUAAGUAGAAGUCAUCCACUGAGUGAAGAGCCAUGUAUGUUACCCUUGAAAAAGUGGGAGUCUGCUUAUCCAGACAGCCCUAUGCAUGUUCACAUCCAAGUGGAUGGACAAAACCGAUGUUGCCCUAACUCAUACCGGGAGGAGCCUUUGGGUAUUCAUGCAGCUUGUUGCCAUUCUGUGGAAGUGCCAAUGUUAGAGUCCUCUACUCCCCUCUCUGAAAUCAAUACCAGUGAUGAUGAAUCUUUACUUGUUUGCUAAUAAAAGUUUUUGUUUUGGCCCUGUAAA